UCUACCGAUGGUCUACUACCAGAGGAGCAGACGACGUAGGAUUAAGCAGCCCGCCAGUGGUCUGUCUGUUGUCGAGCGGCGUGGAUGAAUUUUUGUUGUUCCCAGAUAUCGCAAAUAAACGUACACUUCCAUAAAUUUGGUUACAGUGGUUCUCACCUAGUGUUCUACGUAUUGAACGAGCCAGAAAUUUAGUUAUGGAUACGGACAAAAGCAGUGUGCCGUAUUCGCAGAGCGGAGACAAAAAGCAAGAUGAGAAGUUGCUGGAACCGUUUACCUAUAUCCUUCAAGUACCUGGUAAACAGAUCAGAGCAAAAUUAGCCCAUGCUUUUAAUUAUUGGCUAAAAAUACGCGAGGACAAACUACAUGCUGUCGGCGAUAUCACCCAGAUGCUCCAUAACUCUAGUCUUUUGCAUCCGCAAAAAUUCGUCGUACGUCAAGAAGAUUCACUUGCUAUACGUAACUACGGUGACACGCUUCCGAAGUUCGUCUUUUCAGUGAAAGCAGAUCAGUUUAUUCGGAUAGAUGACAUCCAAGAUAACUCUAUUCUGAGGCGUGGGAUUCCUGUGGCACACUCAAUUUAUGGUGUUGCCAGCACCAUUAAUGCUGCGAAUUACGUACUAUUCAUCGCGCUCGAAAAAGUUUUGGCGUUGAAUCAUCCUGAGGCUACCGAGGUUUACACGGAACAGUUACUCGAACUACACAGGGGGCAGGGAAUGGAAAUUUACUGGCGAGACAACUACAUUUGCCCUUCUGAAGAAGAGUACAGAGAAAUGACGAUCAGAAAAACUGGCGGUCUCUUCAAUCUUGCUGUGCGAUUGAUGCAAUUAUUUUCGGAUUGUAAAGAGGACUUCACACCGUUGGCGGGAAUCUUAGGAUUAUAUUUUCAAAUCAGGGAUGAUUACUGUAAUUUGUGUUUACAGGAGUAUACAGAGAACAAAAGUUUCUGCGAGGAUCUGUCCGAGGGAAAAUUCAGUUUUCCGAUAAUCCACGCGAUACGAACUCAGCCCGAAGAUCGGCAGAUAAUGAACAUUCUCCGACACCGCACUACAGAUGUGGAGGUAAAACGGUACUGCGUAACGCUAUUAGAAAAAUUUGGAUCCUUCGGACAUACGAGAGAAGUUCUGAUGGAACUUGACAUGAAGGCGAGGGCGGAGGUCCAGAGGCUCGGUGGUAAUCCACUUCUCAUCAAAAUUCUAGACGAACUUCUUACCUGGCAGAGAACAUGAGCUGAGUUAUUUUAUUCUACAUCUUUAAACUUCAAUCCACAGUGGUUGAAACUUUAAACCAAAAGUCACAUAUGUAUAGUAACGUUCUUCAGGAGUUUCUUGCGGUCUGGAAGCCGCGAUAUUCGGCUAAUUUCAAAUAGAACUCGAAUUAUUAAUAUUUUCAGCGGAAUUUGGUCACGAGCAUUUCUUUUUGCGAAUCACACGUUUGAUUUCCAGUCACAAAAUCGAAAUCAUGUGUCGUGAGACUUAUUGCUAGGAACUAUACACGUAUUUUAGACAAUAGUAGUGGCAAUAUGAAUUGACAAGUUCCGAAGAUGAGUAGUAGCAGUUAAUUGUAGUGCGAGAAAUUGAUAAAAAUCAUCUGAAUAUUUUUUCCCGUUGUGCAUCAUGACAUCGGUAUAUCACUGUGACGUCGGUAAUCCCAAUGUUGUUUUAAAAAUUUCAACGACAUCGUUUCGCUCAUUGUCAGUCCCUAUGAAACACUUGAGCAGCAUACUUUUGUUGUUAGAAGUUGGUCCCUUAUCCUAUUACGAGAUCUUUAUUUUUAACUUUCUUAGGUACAAUUCGAUGCAUUAUCACCAGGACAAAUUCUUUUCGCCAUUUAGACGUUGGCUUUAAAAUUUUACAUUUUUGUUUCACCUAUAAUCUGGCGUGUGCUGUGUACUUAAAUUUUCAAGACGAAUGAUACUGAUUUAAUUUUUUACUUUACAUGCUAUAUAUUUUUAGAAAGUUAUUGAUGUAUCUUAUCUACUAAUUAUAACUGUAUGUAUUGGUAGGAUUUUAUAGAA